AUGUUUUAUUUUGUUGGGUUUGAUUUUUUUUUUCUUUUGGGGGUGACAUUUGACUGAUUUUUUGCUUAGUUUUGGCAAAAAAUUCGGAUCUCGCUGACUUGUCCUAGUGAUUGAAUCUCUGUUGUUGAUAUAUUUUUUUUAUUUUGUUCCAUUUCUAAUUUUAGGGUUUUCGAUUUAGACUUACUCACAGCUUCCACAAAUUUUGCAGAUUGAACCGAUUCUGUGCCCUUUUUUAUUCCGUGAAAAAAUAGUUCUUUGUGCGGUUGUGUCUGUCUGCGUUUCUAGUGAGUGUGAUUAAUUAGUUACAGGAAUCAUUUGGGGGAGGUAGAAAGUAGAUGUGUUAAUAGAGAGGGGUUUUGAUUGGAAGUCUCAGUUUGCUUAAGGAACUAGAAAUACAUCAGGAUUUCAAUCUGAUUGUCGAUGUACUUACUUGUGUUGUGAAUUGUGAUGAUCCUGGAGUGAUUUGGAAAUGGGAAUCGAAAUCCAUGAAUUCAUUUACCAUCGGACAAAAUACUGUUUGGUGUUUCCUUGAGAGGCAUGGUGCUGGAAUUAUUCUCAGACUUCUAAUUUUGAAAAGCUUCAGCAACUCUUGUGGCAAAGUCAUAAAAAUCUAGAUCUUGGUCCUUGUACAGCAUGGGAUCUGCUUGCUGUGUUGCUGCUAGGGACAAGACUAUAGUAAGUGGAUCUGGAAGUGAAACCUUAUGUAGGAAUAUAAGGUAUUCGCCUAGUUGGAGCUUUCGAUGGGAUAAUCGUGGUCGGGUGGCAGGCGAAGAGACCUCGAUAAAUUGGUUUUCUGAUGGCGUUAGCCACAAUGAUAGAGUUGAACUGAAGUGUGAGUCAGCGUAUGCAUCAGAGGAUGGAAGUCCACUUGAUCAUCUCCGUAGAUGUACAUGGCAAAAGUCCCCACCGCAAGAAGGCACAACUAAUAGUUUGAGGACUCCUAGUUCAGGUCAAUCAAAUUCAAGGAAUGUAUCGUCAGAUGUGAGUUUAGAACAGCAGGUGAAGGAGGCUGCAGAAUCUCCCACAGCCUCAUACAAGUCUCCUGCAAAAUUGUCACUUUCAUUGCCUUCAGCUUCAUCUUUGUCAACAUCUCCUUUGUCAUCACAGAGUUAUCUGCCCCCAACCAAUUCAUCCCUAACAAGAUGUUCACAUCGAUCUCCAGGACAUCAGCUGUUGCGUCAAGUGUCUGACAGCCGAAUCCGAGGAUUAAAAUCACCAAGUAGCUAUUUAGCUUCUGAAGAUAGACCAACGCUUCCCUCUUGGAGCAAUGAAUCGGUCCGGGAUUCACAUGGAGGGUCUUCAGAUUGUUGGUCUGUCCAUGCUUUCUCCGAACUCAUGGCCACUUCUCAUAGAGAAAGGUGGUCUUUUGAUAGUGACUCAUUCGGCUUUAACGGUGAGAAAAUAGCCAGAUCUAGUAGCCGAAUUUCAACUUCCUCAGUUGAUUUGCAAACAUGUGGAGUUUGCUCGAAGCUGUUGACCGAGAAAUCCUCGUGGAGUAGCCAGAGGAUUAUUGCUAACAACGAACUUUCUGUUGCUGCUGUACUAACCUGUGGACAUGUUUAUCAUGCUGAUUGCUUGGAGAAUAUGACACCUGAGAUUUACAAGUACGACCCGGCUUGUCCUGUUUGUACCUUCGGGGAGAAGCACACGCAGAAGUUGUCCGAAAAGGCGCUCAAGGCCGAAAUGGACUGGAAGAGUCUAUACAAGAGACCCAAAAACUGUGUUUCAGAUAGUGAUUUUGAUUGUGAUUAUGCUGCAAACGAUCCCUUCAAAAGUAGCGCGCGUCUUGAAAGAGGUUCCAAAAUGUCUGCUAGUUCUAGCAUGAGAAGCUCCUCGGGAAAGCCUUUCUUGAAACGUCACUUCUCCUUCGGCUCAAAGGGAUCUUCUAGAGUGAUGUCUGAUAAUCACUCCUCAAGAAGGAAAGGAUUCUUCUGGGCAAAAUCUAGCAAAGUAUGAGAUUUUAUAACGCUCCCGACUGCCAACAGUCGCUUUCUGUAGGUGUUUCGUGAAACAGGGAUCAUCAACUUGUGUGCCUCUGUUAAUGGAAAUAUGGCCAUAAGAAGCUCCAUUGCAUUGCUUGCAGCCGAUGAAAUGGUGCUCCUUCAAGCAGAAUCAGAAUCAGGUGCCCUUCAAGAAAUUGUUUGUAGUGUUUGAAGUUUCAUGAAACACAAAUUGUUAGUCAACUUCUUCAUAACUCCAAUUUAAACGUCUGUAUACAUAUCAAAGAUAUGAUAUAUAAAUGUUAUUUGAGUUGAAAUUCUUUC